CACCAGUCAGUCUCCGGGCCACGGUCAUCGUCCCUGCAUUUAUCUUCACUGCAUUUAUCGACAUCGCCGUCGAUAUCGUUCAUCCUUAAACCCUCUACCUCGAUCACAUCUCGGCCAUGGCUCGCAGGAAUUUCAAGACCGAUAUCCCGGCCGCCGCCGGAAAGGCUGCUACGGGCGUCCUUGCCGGCAUUAGUUCCAUUGAGGAAGGAGGGUCUGAAGGCGAAUUUGUCAUUUCCUACCACCAUCCUAGCCUUGAAAAGGUCGUGCAUAUCCAGGCCGUUGCCACCGACAUUAGCGAGUACCCCGACGGCAACAUGUUUAUGGUCUCCUGCACCGAUAAUGAUGGCGCGUCCCAGGCAGUCAUCGAUACCCUCACGGCUAUCAAAGACUAUCUUGUCGGCAUCACCGUCUACGAACUGGUCUUUGAAUUGUCGAAACACCUCGAGUCGGCGCUCAAUCGCGUACCGGGGAGACCCGGCCGCAACGACUUGGGCACCGAGACUGAAGAUGGGGACAAUGAUGAGCCUGAGAAUGGCGAUGACGAGGACAGCCUUGGCAACGAUGCCGACUACGAUGACGAUGACAAUUCCGAAGAUGAGUUCGAGUUCGACGGCGAAGCAUUUGGCUUGUCUUCAUUAGAUCCUCGCCAACCUGUAACUGCCGGGGAAUCUCGGGCACAAAAAACGCGCUUCAAGCGAGAUCUCCGCCAGGUCAAGGAUGCGGGCUACAAGGUCGGCAUCUUCAGCGAUUUCAACUCCCAGGCUAUCUUCUCAAUUUCCAUCCGCAUCGGAAAACUCGGCUUGUCAGACGAGGCCAUAGAAGCGUGGGACGUGGAUGAGAAGGACUAUGUCGUGCUCCUUGUCCGUUUCGAGUCCGCCUACGCAGGCCUAGAGGGCAUUGUUGAGGAGGCCGUCGCCAACACCCGUGUAAGCUUCCGGAUAGGAAAGUGUCGCCGAUACAAGCCCUCUAUGGCUCAAGUCUUGGCUGCCUUCUCGGAAGUAAAGUGCUACACCAAAGCGGCUAGCUCAACUGAGAGUGAUAGCCAGACUCGAGUCGACCAUGUCUUUGAGAAACUAUUCGUCUCCAGUUCCCUAGACCAGUUUUUAAACGAAAGCUUUGUAUCGUUGCUGAAGCUCCGAGAGCGAGGGUCACUCUCGUGGGAAGAUGCGAACGAGCUUCUCUCGGCUCGUUUAGGAUUCGGUACCGCCGAGAACGUCUCCUUUGAGCCCAAAGAAGCCGGUAGCGGCCUGGCGGCAGAAGAUCACCAGGUCCUCGCCCUCGACCAUCUGACCAAGGCUGACCCGAGCACCCAAGGCAGCUUUCCAUUGGCAGCCAUGCAAUUUGCAAUGCAUUACUUUCUCAAAUGCACGGAAUACUGCUUGAGAUGUCACAGGAGACUGGAAAAGGGGUUCGAAGCACUACGACCCUAUGUUUGCGCCAACCCCUUAUGUCUGUUCCAGUACAUGGCCAUGGGCCUCGGCCCCAGCAUAGAACGCGAGAUUCUCACGGAGCCAUACGUUGUAGAUCUCCUGGUAAGUCUGUGCUAUGCUGCCAUCCAACCGGACGCCGGGUAUAAGGACAAUAGCCCUGGAGACAAGCAAACACCACCCGCCAUCCGCACACUGCCAACGGGCUUGAGACUCAGUGUGCCGAACCUAGCCAGCGAGACAGAGGAUACCCCCAUAAAAGUACAAGUGUCGCCGAGCACUAACCGAAUCACACUGAAAGAGGUGAUGAGCGACCGACAUCUCAUGCUGAACCGAUGGGUCGCAUUUCGUGCUCUAGGACAGACCGUAACGACUCAUGCCGUCAUAGUCGCCAUUCCGGAACCGGGCAGCUGGUUUGAUAUCGAGAUAAUGGGCGAGUCGGGAAGAAAUUGGGGCACUGGGCUAAUGGGCAACGUGUCGCUGAACAUGGCACCGACAGGGCCAAAAGAUUAUCGCGCAGAGUUGUUCUUUUACGACACCGACUUCGACUCAUUGCUCAUGCAGGAGAAGUGCGAAAUCAUGCGCCACAUUCUGGACACGCUUCCCAGUAUUCGAGACAUAGGAUGUUUCUUGCAUAAUCAUGCGCAUGGCAGCUUGCGGUCUAUGAGCCGCAUCUCUCCUCCCGCCGCAUCUCUCCUCCAGUGGAUCGUGUCUUCGAACCGCUCCUGUAUUCUGCAGGUUGAUCGUUCCCUGAAAGAGGUUGGCGAGGCCGGCUUAGAUAAGGCUCAACGCCUGUCCGGCAAGGGCAGAAAUCGCGAGCACGAACGCAUCCCGGGACUUGACGGUUGGAUCCAGUUCCGCUUUGCCCAAGGCUCGCCCGACAAGGAGUUACGAUUCAACCGAGCGCUGCACGACGUGGCAGCGCGCAAUGACAUCUCUGCAAACCCUACGAUAUUUGCUUGGCACGGCAGCAACUUGUCAAAUUGGCAUAGCAUCAUCCGCACUGGCUUGGAUUUCAAGGACAUCAGGAACGGCCGCGCCUCUGGGAAUGGCGUGUAUUUCAGUCGUCAUUAUUCCACAAGCAUAGCCUACGUGCAAAACUCGUCUCGGCCUUGGCCAAACUCGGCCCUCAAGGUCGGAGCUUGCAUGAGCUUGAACGAAAUCAUCAACCUGCCCGGAGAGUUCGUGUCGACGAACCCUCACUAUGUCGUGUCUCAGUUGGACUGGCACCAGUGCCGAUAUCUAUUCGUUCAGUCGGCCAACCAUAGCACUGUGUUUACGUCAGGAAUAGGCCUCGGGUCCGCUGGGUUUAUUAUAUGGCCUAAACAGCAAGUCCCGACCGGUGACGGAAUUCACGGUCAGGACCCAUCUCGCGUAAUCUACGGGCCUAAUAACGCAUCAAUAGAGAUACCCCUGUCAGCUAUUCCAUUUCGAGAUGUCAACGCUGGAUCGGCUGAUGGGCCAGUUAGCCGAGUCUCAAAGACAUCUAUGAAGCGAGGGGUUCUGCUCUUGGAAGACGACAGCAGCGUCGAGGACGACAUAGACAUCGAGUUUCUACACUCGGACGACGAAGAGAGCGAGGGAAAAAGCCCGCCACACAAGAAAUCGCAUUCCCACAGCUCUAGUAUAGAUGCGGCAGGCGUUUAUCCGCUCAGUCAUGGUUCCCACCCUUAUCACGGGUUGCACAAAGACAGUAGCAUCCGACGGCCGCCGACUCCCCCAAGCAUGGACCCAACCCUUACGAGCUUCAAGCCAGGUGCUCUGGAUCUGUCGACGCUUGUGCGCCUCAAGCCUCCGUCGUUUGCAAGCGAUUUUGCGACGAGGCAAUUGAGUCACGAGUUGAAGAAGAUGCAGGCCGUUCAGGCCAACACCCCUCUUCAGGAGCUCGGUUGGUACAUGGACUUUGACGAGAUAACGAAUCUAUUUCAGUGGAUCAUCGAGCUGCAUAGCUUUGAUUGCUCCCUCCCGCUGGCCAAGGACAUGAAGGAGGCCAAUGUUUCGUCUAUCGUCCUCGAGGUCCGCUUCGGAGGGGAUUUUCCGAUGUCUCCCCCCUUUGUGCGAAUUAUCCGCCCGCGCUUCCUACCUUUUAUGAACGGCGGCGGCGGCCAUGUCACAGGCGGCGGAGCCAUGUGCAUGGAGCUCUUGACCCUCUCAGGCUGGACUCCCGUAAACAGCAUGGAGAGCGUGAUCCUCCAGGUGCGCAUGGCCAUCACCAACACGGAACCCUUUCCUGCGCGGCUCGAGAAAAAAACCCACCAGUUGAAUGAUUAUGGAAUCGGAGAAGCGGUCGAGGCCUACAGACGCGCGGCUACUGCUCAUGGCUGGGAGAUCCCGAAGGAAUUGCAGCAGACAGCGGACGGUGUGUAGCGGACUGCAGCGGGCUUUCUGUCUGCCCCUUUUUUCUCCUUAAAAGGGGUGGGACUUUUAAUGUGGGUUAAUUUAUUUGCGGAGACGCAGCGUGCCUGACAAGACACAUAGCGCAGUUUAUUGUAUGUACAGAGGUAUCGAUAAACUGUCUUUAGUGCUGAGCCGAGCUGGUUCUGCGUUGAUGCUUUGAGAAUGUGUCGUGGGACUUUUUACGGUAAUCUGGCUGCAUGAUCUUGGGGAAGCGUCUACCAUGAGAAAGGGGGAUACCUUGUGCUUCGUACGAAUAAUGUAAUUUCACCGAAUACUAAUACCCCCGUACGCCAGGGCGUUGU